CUAUUCCCCUCGAGCGAGUUCGGUGUCGAUGGCGACCAAGGGAGCGCGUCGCGGCCGCCGCCGGCGAAGCAACGGCAAGCCCAGCAGGAGAGCGCCGAGGCGCGAGCCGAUCCCGCCAGGGCCAACGGGCGUGCACCACAUCCCCGACCACCUCCUCGAGCUCGUCCUCCUGCGCGUCGGCUCCUCCCUCGCCCUACUCCGCGCCGCCUUCGCCUGCAAGCGCUGGCGCCGCAUCGUCGCGGCCGCCGACUUCCUCGCCCAGUUCCGCUCCAUCCACGCGGCCCACGUCCCAGGCCACUACCACGUCGUCGACCCCAGCUUCAAGGAGCCGCCGCCCGACGGGAACAGCAACCAUGUCUACGUGCCGGACCCGUCGACGGCCGAUGCCAUCGACAGACGCCAUCUCGCCCUCGAUUUCCUCCCGGAGGGCGACCGCUCGUUGCCAUGGGAGCUCGGUGCCAGCCGCGGGGGCCAACUGCUGCUCUACCGGAGGAAUAUCGUCUGGCACAGGUUGGCCUACAGGGCGUGGUACUCGGAGCUCUACUUCUCUGACAUGGUCGUCUGCGACCCGCUCACGCGGACGUACCAGACGAUCCGCUGCUCGGAGGAGGUUGACGCCCGCCGGUUCCUCGGCGUGUUCCUGCUCGACGGCAUCGCCGUGGACACGUCUGGCGGCGGCUUCAUCGCCAUGUCGAACUUUCGGGUGCUUGCCGUGGGCUACGAAAGCCAUGAUUUCGAGGACGGCCGCGGCACUCCCCGUGCCUCCGUGUUCUCCUCCGGCAGCGAAGGCGGUUGGCAGAGCGCGGCCGAGAACCAGGUCUCCAUUCCAGAGUAUGCGUCAAUGAGCUUCGUAGGGCGCGCGCGUUCUUCACUCUACUGGCGGAUGGAGCGCGAGGGCACCGUGCUUGCUCUUGACGAGACCACCCUCGAGUUCUCGCUCGUCGAGUUCCCGUGUUCGGUCGUGGGCAUGCCGGAGGAAUCCUCAGCCUUCCGGGUCAUCGGCGGCCACGACGGCGCGGUGCGCGUUGUCUGCGUGAUGGCCAACAAUGACCUCACGGUCUUUGCGCAGCUCCGGGGCAGCGACGAGUGGGUGGCCGAGAAGCUCGUAAGGCUGCCGGAGGCGACCUGCGGGCUGCUGGGGCGCGAGGAGACCUACUUCCAGCGACCAGCCAAGAUCGUAUCCGCGAGUACGAGGUACAUCCUCGUGACACCGCAGGAGGAGACAUGGAUUGUCUCUGUCGAUCUCGAGACGCUGAAGGCGGAGCGGGCGCAUGAGAGGAUCAGGUGCGCCGGUGCGGCAUACCCGUUCGAGCUGCCAUGGCCACCGGCCUUGCAGGCUUGCCGUGCUGCCGAUCGCCGGCGCAGCAAGAGGAUAUAUGUGCCGCCGAUAUUCGCCUACGAUUUGUAACGCGCUGGAUAGCGCACGCGGUAAAAAACAAUUACAGCGCGGAAAUGCUUUUUUUUACGCGUGAUAGGGUGUCCGUUUCAACAAACGCUGUAAAAUGGGGCGCGGCGUGUUACUUUAGCAGGAAUGCAGCGCGCAGCAGCCUGUAUGCGAUGCGUGCGAGCAGACGCCUGUGUGGCGGUGCACGCGAGCAACGAAUCAUACUAUGCAAUAUCUCAAACGUAUACUUUUUUUUGCAUUCGAGCAACAUAACAUAGUUGAAUUGCAUGACAUAGU